CGCCUUUAUGGUUUUCCAACUCUAUUCGCACGCUGCACUGUAUACCACCACCGACGGAAUUCAUCCACUGAACUCUGUAAAGUAUGCAGCCAAAAGUUCAGCCGAGGUUGGUGAACAGAGAAGUAUGAAUUACGGUGGAAGAACCGCAGUCGAUCUGGAAGCUGCCACUUCAAGCGGAAGCGCGGAAAAGGAUGAAGAAGAGAGUAUGCUACACCUCAACCUUUGGGUUCUGGUAGGCUCUCUCGUGGUUGUCACAGUGCUUGUAUCUGUGACGGCUGAAUGGCUGGUGGAUGCUGUUGACGGGAUCGUAGACGAAGGACAUCUAAGUACUGAAUUCGUUGGGAUCAUUCUGCUCUCGGUUGUUGGGAAUAUUGGAGACUUAUUUACUGCUGUCUCGAUGGCGAUGAAGGACAAAGUGAAUCUAAGCAUCGCGAUUGCUGUUGGGUCGAGCAUACAAACUGCUCUGUUUCUCACGCCAUUCCUCGUCAUUUUGGGAUGGAUCCUUGGGAAGCCAUUGACGCUCCUUUUCGACCCUUACGACUCUAUCACCCUCUUUGUUUCUGUUCUGAUCGUCAACUACGUGGUACAGGAUGGCAAAUCGAACUGGCUGGAGGGGUUUAUACUGUUAGCCCUGUACGCUCUUGUUGCUGUGACUUUUUUCUUCUAUCCGGGCCAAAAUACGUCCGUUUUGUGUCAUUGAAAUCGCUAGAUGCAUCAUUUCGAUAUACUUACUUUCUUACUGCCAAGUGAUGGAGAUCGGUGGAGCUUCAUCGAGCGGAGAGGUGCGGGAUAUAAUACCUAAUCUACAUGUACAAUCUUAAUCCUAAC